GUGAGUCACAGACAGAAAAAAAAAUCACAGGAAAACACUGUCCAUUACUUUUUCCACAUUGCGGCAAACCUGAACCCAUAAUAAUGGUACGAACUUUCAAGCCUCCCUGGGCUCUCUGUUGCGUGGACCACUUGUACAUCCGCAUCACCUGCUACAGCUAUUCCUCUACCACUGUUUUUAACUUUGCCAUGCUGAGUUGGGUUGUUUGUCCUUUCAGAUGUCGGUGACGUUUGAGGAUGUGGCCAUGUAUUUCUCCCCAGCGGAGUGGGCGCUGCUGGGCGAGGAGCAAAGGCAACUUUACAGACACGUCAUAUGGGAAAAUUACCAGACUCUGGUCUCGUUAGGAAUCCAAACCCCCAAGCCAGUGGUGAUCUCCAGCAUAGAGCGAGGGGAAGAGCUGUGUGUCCAGGGUCCCACAGAAGAUGAAGAUGGAGACAUCCUGAGAGGCACCCGCCCAGAUUUUCCAGAUGUAGAAGAGACCUGGGACUGGCCAGCAAUUGAAAGCUCCUUUAGCUUCUUCCUCACACAAAGCUCGUCCCCUGGAGCAGCAGGGGUGAGGAACUUGAACGGAGCUGAGAGGCAGACUCCUGAGGAAGAGCCUGGUAACCUGGAGCCACUCAGGCCUUUCCCAAGGACAUCAGGGAAGAACCAUUCCAAGAAAUCUGAGCAAGGAAGGCACCAGAAGAGACAGUGCAAGCCACAAAGGCAGAGGAAGAACCUGACCAGGAAGGAGCCAACAACCCCAAAAAGCCAGCAAAGGAGAUCCAGGUCACAUCUAAAGCCUCCUGCAGAGGGACAAUCUGAGCCCAGAAAGACCCUAUAUACCUGCCGUGUGUGCAGGGAAACAUUCAAGGUGCAGAAAGACUUGAUAAGUCACCACUGGACGGUUCAUAGGAGACAUAAAUUGUAUCACUGUAGCGAAUGUGGGGAGAGCUUCAGGAGAAAGAAGGCAUUCAAAGCCCAUGGGAAAAUCCACAGAAAGGAGAGAUCCCAUCCCUGUUCUGAGUGUGGGAAAAUAUUCAACCGGGCAUCCCAUCUCAUUGCCCACCAGAGAAUCCACACUGGAGAGAGACCAUAUUGCUGUGCUGAGUGUGGAAAAAGAUUCUUCCAAAUAUCAGCUCUGACCAUGCACAAGAGAAUCCACUCAGGAGAGAGACCCUAUGCCUGCGCUGAGUGCGGGAAGUGCUUUAUGUAUUCGUCCACCCUUAACAGACACCAGAGAAUCCACUCAGAAAAGCGGCCCCAUUGCUGUAACCAGUGUGGGAAAGGCUUCAAACUUACAUCAAGUCUUACUAGACACCUGAGAAUCCACAGUGGAGAGAGACCCUUCCUGUGCCACGAGUGUGGGAAAAGAUUCAACCUACAAGAACAUCUCAUUAGACACCAGACAAUACACACGGGGGAGCGACCCCAUCGCUGCACUGAGUGCGGGAAAAGUUUCAGUCUCCUUCAAAGUCUCCGGAGACACCAGAGAAUCCACAGUGGGGGGAUCCCUCAUCACUGCGCUGAGUGCGGGAAAACAUUCAGUUGUCUAGAAAAUCUCACUAGACACCAGAGAGUCCACACGGGGGAGAAACUCCAUCGCUGCACUGACUGUGGGAAAGGCUUUGUCCGUCUACAUCAUCUCACUAGCCACCAGAGGAUCCACACUGGGGAGAGACCUCAUUGCUGCACUGAGUGCGGGAAAAGAUUCACCCAGUUGUCAGGCCUUACCACCCACCUGAGAAUCCACACGGGAGAGCGACCCUAUCCCUGCACUCAGUGUGAGAAGCGCUUUGCUCACUCGUUGUCUCUUGCGAAACACCAGAGAACCCAUGGGGCGGGGACUCCUGACCCUUGAGUUUGAUGGGGGGAAACCUCUGCCUGUACUCACCUCACCGUUCUCCCCGCAGCCAGUGCACAGGAGGGAGACCGUCUACCUGCCCUAAAAUGCUCCCACCUCCCCAUUAACCAGGUACUAGAUUAGAGUUUUAUUGGAAUGGAUAUUUCAGUUUCCCAGAGGUGGUUCUGGACUUAACUGAAACCCAGGAAGGAAGUGUUCCUAAGCUUGUGUGUGGUAACCUGCAUAUUGCCUUUGAGGAAAGCUGCUGAGGGAAAGAGAGGGCCUCCAGCCCGGCUUUAACCACAGAAUGUAGCAGAUUGCCGGAAAGGGGGUUCUGUGAAAAUCCUCUUCAUGUUCCAGGGAUGAUUCUGGGUGUAAGUGAAACUCAGAAGGAGUUUGUUGUGGCUCCACAGAGCCACGCUUCUGUAGAGCAGAAAAAAGCUGGGUUGUUGCUUAGAGAAGCUCCUAGGGAGAAGAAUCCUCAUGGUAGUUUUUCCAAACAGUUUGCUGCAACUGAUGGGUGUAAAAGUCAUUUGGGUGAGUUAACUCAGGGUGAAUCCAUUAUAUAGAGAAAGCAACAGUUGGUUUGGGAGACUGGUUUCAGUUCCUAACUGCCAAAGUCUUUGAGGUGUCUACAUCCACUGACCCCUUGCUUUAGAAAGACCCAGCGUGGCUAGCCUAGAGGAGAUUUCAGAUUGCGGGGUGGAAUUGUUAGAGAAAUUGAACAGCCCUGUAGCCAAGUGGCUGGGCUGGGCCAUCAUGUUCUCCAGGCUGAUUCUCUGAGUAAGCAGUCUGGGCCUCAGGGUCUGAGGAAAGAGUGGGUUACUGGUUUUUCAGAGCAGAACAGCCUUAUGACUGAACCUACAAGGAUGCAGGGGAGAGCAGGCAAACUCUCAUCACUAGGCACUUGGGAUUUGUUUGGUAUCUCUUUAAAACAGAGUCCAGUCUCUAAGCUGUUGCUGGUGGUGGAUCCACAAGGAAGCAUGCAGGAGAGUGUCUGUGUAGAUGUUCAUAGCACAGAGGGGCUGCAGUUGGGGAACACACCUAGGCAGCAAAGGGGUCCCUGUAAGCAGGGAUGUUCAGUUUUCAACCUUCUAGGAGAACGGGGAGGGGGGGGUGGGGAAGGACCCAAUCCUACCGAGGGGAAGAAUGAGCGUCCAGCCUUGAAAUUAGCAGCAGGUGAGAAUUUGAAAGCUAGCGUCUGGGUUGAUACAAUCUACCUGGCUAACAAGGGAGGGGGGAGAUUUGCCCCAUAGCAGGUAGUACUGAGGAUACACCUGGCCAGCCAAGGGAUUCAGUGAGACAAGAAGCAUGGUAUGAUCAAGAUACUUAUAAACACUGACUUGUAACAAAUGUGGUGCUACUGUUAAGGUUUAGCCUUCUAAUGUAUUUGAUUUUGACGUCAACCCUGGUUAAAAGGUACAAUGUGUAUGACUUUGAUAAAAAGCCUUUUAAAAUAUUGGGGAUAAUACCUACAAACACACUGUAUACCAGAGAGCUGUAUACUAGUGAAAUGUUACAACUGAUACCUGUAACCAAUUGUAAAACUUGUCACAGCAGAGAAACCUUUACAAAUCUAGUAUCAGAGGGGUAACAGUGUUAUUCUGGAUCUGUAAAAAGCAACAGAGAGUCCUGUGGCACCUUUAAGACUAACAGAUGUAUUGUUUACAAAUCUAGUCUGCUGUAUAGAAAGGGAAACUGAGGCACGCUACCACAUUGCUGUCAUGGCUAAAUGCCAAGGUAAUUACACCCUUGAGAGCAUUAAUGUCUAUACUAAAGUAACAUUAGAUGAGAAGAUUUUCAGAAAAUGAAGGUAGCCGUAUAUACAGAGCCUGAUUUAGUCAGGCAUGAUUUUGAUAAAUUAUUGCUGUUGUACACUAAUACUUGUGAUGUAAACCAGAAGUGUAAUAAUAUAGGACCAAGAAUGGAAAAUUCUUGUGCUGCAUUCAGCAGUGUCUUGGAACACCCCUUUCUGCAUCAAUUUUAUGUGGAGUGUGUGAUGCUGAAUGGAAUUUAGGGGACACUUUAGGAUAUUAUGAAUAUCAAUAUUGUAGAAUGGCAAUGAAUUAUGCCAGAUAGGCCAUGUAAGAUAUCUGCAAAAAUGUCAUCAUUUGCUAGAUAUGAUCUCAUUUAUGUGUUUGUAUCGCCUUUGUAUUAUGAGUUAUAGAUAUGUAGGUAUGUCUGUAUUUCAAACUUGUGCUAUACUUCUGAGCGACACCCCCAGACAGUUUGGCAUCAGCACUGCCUAGUCUACUUGAUGGCCCAUUGAGGACCAACAGCUAGACAAUUGAC